CCUUUCCCUCCACAAACGCCCAUCACACCUUUCCUGCUGAGCUGAGCACACCUCUCUGUGAACUUUGGGCCUGAGGUAAUGGCGGCGCUCGCUCCCACGAAGAUGCUGGGCACCCGGCUCAACUUCACCGGCUCCUCCAGCUACACCACGGCGGCACCGACCGCUGGGGCGAAGAAGAUUGUCUCCCUCUUCGGGGGCUUCAACAAAAAGCCCGCUGCGAAGCCGAAGCCCGCCCCAGUAUCCUCCUCGGGCGCAGACAUCGACGACGAGCUCGCCAAGUGGUAUGGCCCUGACAGGAGGAUCUUCUUGCCGGACGGUCUCCUUGACCGGUCAGAGGUGCCAGAGUACCUCAACGGAGAGGUUCCUGGAGACUAUGGCUAUGAUCCUUUCGGUCUGAGCAAGAAGCCAGAUGACUUCACCAAGUACCAGGCCUAUGAGCUGAUCCAUGCCAGAUGGGCCAUGCUCGGCGCUGCCGGCUUCAUCAUCCCCGAGGCGUGCAACAAGUUCGGCGCCAACUGCGGUCCCGAGGCCGUCUGGUUCAAGACCGGCGCUCUUCUCCUGGACGGCAACACCCUCAACUACUUCGGCAACAGCAUCCCCAUCAACCUCAUCCUCGCCGUCGUCGCCGAGGUUGUCCUCGUCGGAGGCGCCGAGUACUACAGGAUCAUCAACGGCCUUGAUCUUGAGGACAAGCUCCACCCCGGUGGCCCAUUCGACCCGCUCGGCCUCGCCAGCGACCCCGACCAGGCGGCGCUGCUCAAGGUGAAGGAGAUCAAGAACGGCCGGCUAGCCAUGUUCUCCAUGCUGGGUUUCUUCAUCCAGGCAUACGUCACUGGCGAGGGCCCCGUUGAGAACCUCUCUGCGCACCUCAGCGACCCCUUCGGCAACAACCUGCUCACCGUCAUCUCCGGAGCUGCCGAGAGGACGCCCAGCCUGUGAGCUCUUCAUCGCAAUUGCCGUCGACUUGUCGAUGAUCAGCUGCAUGCGUGCGUGCAAUGCAGCAUGAUGUGCUGUGUUAAUUUUACCGGGAAAGUGUACGAGAGUCCGAAUGUACCGUACGUGUAAAUUAUCAAGGGCAGAAGAAACAUGAUCGUUCUGAUUUCUGAUGAGA